CGCCGCGCCACUCUCUACCUACCUCUUCAUUCCUCUUUCUUGCAUGUUGACUCCCUCGCUAUGUCCUAUCCCCAUUUCGCUUUCUUCAACGCUAGCAGAAAUCCCCUAUGGGUCCUGCUUCCUCAUCCCAACAUCUCCCAGUACUAGAUUUGUUGUUGUCUCAUAACUACUUUUUCUCGUAGACUUCAUAAGCGACCCUACUCACUAUCAGUUUCCUCAUGCGGGGCCUCAACAACGCCAUUGUUGCCUCACCAUGCAUCUCAAGGUCGUCAGAGCAACCAUCCCUCUAGGCCCGACGAGAUCCGAUGCUACAAUCAUCACCAGAGUAUAGACCUAACGUAUUUAGUAAGGUUAGAAUAGUUUUUACCCCUUUUUUCUUUAACUCUUGUCCAAAGCAAUGUUUGACAAAUCCCAUAAGCUUUUAGAACAAAGAUUUAUUGAUUCUACAAAUAAUUUUAGAAAGAAAAAACAAUCAACUUUGGGCCAUUGAUGUUGAUCAAACGGUCCGUGAUCUUCUCCUCUUCCACGGGUAAUCCUAAACUAGCCCAUUGUAUCACUCGUGCACCUAGACAAUAAAGGCACGCCACGCCACCCUCUACCUACCUCUUCUUUCCUCUUUCUUUUGCGCUGGCACCCUCUGCUAUAUCCUAUCCCCAUUUCCCCUUCUUCAACACUGGCAAGAAUCCCCUCUUCGUCCUCCUUCCUCAUCUCCGAUGUCUCCCCCUACUAGAUUUGUUGUUUUUCCUAACUACAUUUGCUCAUGAACCUCAUAAGUCACCCUGCUCACUAUUAGCUUCCUCAUGCGGGGCCUCAAUAACGCCAUCACCACCUCACCAUACAUCUCAAGGUCGUCGAAGCAACCAUCCCUCUAGACUUGGGAGAAAAUCUGAGGCUACAAUCAUCACCGGAGUACAGAUCUGACACACUUAGUAAGAUCAGCGGCGUCAUCGCCGCCGAUUGCGAUCGUGAUCAACAAGGGACGGCAGCGCGGCGGCGGCGGCGAACAGAGGAGGUAGCGAUCGGUGACGACCUUGCCGGACGUGUCAAUGGAGUCCAUGGAUCAUGGCGGCGGCGGUGCUGGCCUGCUCGCGGUGGCUGCGGCGCCGGCGCCGGCGGCGGUGCUGACGACGAUGCAUGGGCGCGAGCUGUCGCACUCCUCCUGCUCCUUCUCGUCGGCGGCCGCGUCGCUGUCGUCGCCGUCGUCGUCGACGUCGUCGAGGAGCUACCACGCUGCGAUGUCCGGCAAGUCGCUGUCGUGCGAGAGCAUCCCGGAGAUCAUGGACAAGCAGUCGUCCUUCUCCUCCUCGGCGUCGUCCUACGAGAGCUUCAUCCAGCUCGAGGCGGCCGACCUCGACCGCAUCACCGCGGCGGCGGCGGCGACGCGGGCACCGGCCGUGCAGACGAUGAUGGCGUCGCACGAGCAGCAGCAGCUCGCCGUCGCCGGCGGCAGCGGAGGGUAUGAUCCGAAGAGGCUCCCGUCGUCGAUUUUCCGGACGGGGUCGACGAGCUCCGGCGGCGGCGGCGGCGGCGGCGACUGGAGCGUCGCCUCCAACGACUCGCUGUUCAGCAUCAACCUCCGCCACUCCGGCGACCUCAGCGCGCGCUACAACAGCAGCAACCACAGCAGCAGCGGCGACCUCUUCUACGACGCCUCCGGUGGAGGGUUCCACCGCAUCCCCUCCUCUACCUCGGCCGCCGCCGCCGCCGCCGCCGCCGGCGGCGGCGGCGGGGGCGGGGGCCUUUGCGUGAGCGGCUCCUGCGCCAGGUGCACCACCAUCGCCGCCGGCAAGAACAGGAAGUCCGUCCGGUUCGCCCCCGACGCCGAGAUCGUCUCCGGCGAGAUCACCAACCCCUCCGCCGUCUUCCCCACGGAGGCGGCGGCGCCGGCGACGGAAGGGAAGGAGGCGGCGAAGAGCCCGGACGCGGCGGCGCAGGGAGGGUGGUGCCUGUUCCGAUGCUGCUGGCCGUCGCCGCCGUCGGUGUGGUGGCCUCGAUGCGGGUGCGGCGGCGGCUGCGGCGUGUUCUGCUGCGGCGGCGAGAAUUGCCGGUGCUAAAAUUUGGCGGGAGAUUGGGGGCAUUGCGCGCCAAUGUAGGGCGAUUUGAACGCGAUCUUGGUUUUGAAUGUGUUGCGAUGUUGUUGAAGUGAACCGACCAGAAUCUGCGUGUAUGUAGACAAGGUUUUUAUUAUAGAGAUAUUUGGUGAUAAACAAACAACCGUGCAAUUCA